AUGGUUUUACAGUGGCAUGUUGGAUCGCCAGUUCUGCUGAAAGCCGUGCUGGUGGUGGGAGUAUGCCUUCUUCUCUAUGUCAGCCAACAUCCCGCUCUUGACAGGUUUGACCAUCGAAUUUCGGGCCUUGAUCUGUCUCUGAACCUCCCCAAGGGCGGACUGGUUUUCGAUAACAACAAGAGCGACCACACUGGCUUUUACUCCUCCGAAGCCGCCAGCCAGUUUUGCAAACACCACGGAUACCCCGUCUUCGCCCCUCAGACAGCAUCUGGCCGGCGAAAAGUGUACGAUCUCUUCAUGGUGAAUACGGAGCUCGACUGGAUGGAGAUUCGUCUCAACGCCACAUUCAACUACGUCGAUUACUUCAUCAUCGUCGAGUCCCCCAAGACUUUUACCGGAAGGCCCAAACCACUUACCAUCAAGGAGAACUGGGAGCGAUUCAAGCCGUACCACGGCAAACUCAUAUAUCACGAGCUCGAGUUUCCCCCAACCUUCAGCCCGAGGAGGUCGUGGGACUACGAGGACCUGCAGCGCAACGCCAUGUACACACAAGUCUUCCCCAAGCUCACCGGCAGGCAAAGCCCGGCAUACGGGGACGUCAUCCUUGUAGCGGACGUCGACGAGAUUGCCCGGCCCGAAACACUGCUCGUGCUGAGGACGUGCCGGUUCCCACGACGCCUCACGCUGCGGAGCCGUUUCUACUACUACAGCUUUCAGUUCCUACACACGGGGCCUGAAUGGGAACACCCGCAGGCGACCUUCUACCAGGGCUCACGAACGCUCCUGCCGGCGAACCUCCGGAUGGGCGACGGCGGAUUUAAACCGCUCAACGAGCUCGAGAAGUCGGAUCUCGGGAACGCGUGCUGGCACUGCUCGAGCUGCUUCGCAACCGUCGAAGAGUUCCUCACCAAAAUGGCGUCCUUCUCGCACGAGUGGAUGAACGGCGAGAAGUUCCGCGACAGAGACCGUAUUGCGGACGCCAUCAGGAGCGGCAAGGACCUCUGGGGCCGCGACGUCGAUCAAUUUGUGCGGCUGGACAACAACACGGAUAUGCCAAGCAUCUUGCUCGAGGAGCCAGACAGGUUCGGCUACAUGGUGAAUCGGGACGGUCCUUCGGCUGGGUUCACCGACUAUCCAUGA